CCUGCAAGCCGACCCAUUGCCCCCCACCAACCCCUCUCGGGCUCAAUGCCUCGUUUCAAAUGGUUGCAACUAGUCCAAAGAGGGACGUGCGCAAACCCCAUUUGCAAAGCCAAACACAUGGUCACAAAAUAUUAUUAUUCAUGUUCUGUGCGAAAGCUUGUGAGCUAUAUGUGCCGUAAGUAAGCGGCUCUUGAUGUUCCAGAUCUGGAGUCAUUAGAGUCAUUAGCCGAGUCGCUGAAUCUGAAUGGCCGGGGUCGGCGCUCUUUGGGGCGCCUCAUUAUGCAGGCGCAUUAAAAGCAAGCAUUGGGGGGUGGGUUGGCAAAUGGGUGGUUAAGGGCUCGAACAAAAAAAGAGGGGCAGGGUCUCCGAGGACGGUCGGGAUUCAAAUUCAAAGUGUUAAGAUGUCUCCAUUGUCCCAUGGGGUAUAUAGCACAGAGAGGGAGAGCGCGUUGGCCCAACAGAGGAGCUGCCCCCCAUCCACCAGUGAACAGGACACCUCGCCAUGGCCUUCUCGCACCGCGUUUGGAUCGCUCUAUUUCUUCUCUCGGCGAUGGCAAGGCACACUGGAGUAUUUGGUCGGGCUGUAGAAAAGCUGGGAUUUGUGUCACAUUCCCCGCAAACUCCAGCGGAAUCCUCCGGACUAAGUUUACGCGCGGACGCGUCGGGGCGCUGGAGGCGCGGCGUCGCGGAGACGCACCUGGAGCGCUGCUUGGAGCUGGCGGCGCCUUGGCUGCAAAACGCACGAGCUCCCGAGGAUAAUGCAACGCUGUUGCAGCUCCGCUUUCGGCCCUUUUCCCCGAGAGCCUCCCGGUACUCUGUUUUCCCCGGAAAACCUCUCUUCAGCUUUGUCCGACGCGUUUACCACUGCUGUCAAGAAGGAGUAAACUGCAGAAACGUAAAAGGAAUUCAAGGUCGAUUGAGAGGAGGCACAGAUGUGGAGUUCUUCCUCACCAGGGAGGUUUUGUCGUUGACUAUCACAAGAGCCGAGCUCCACCUCCAACUGUCCAACCCUCAACAUUUGGAUAUCUAUCCUGUGCUUUCAUCCCUGGCAAAGCAGGACCUACCGACAAGGUACAGCUCGGGGUCAAAGGGCAACACGGUGGAGCUGAGAGUAGAUCUGCUGUUGCUUUUCCAGAAUGUGAAACAGGGCGGUGUCGGAGUUCCCAGCCUGGAAAACAUGCGGCGGACGGCCUUUUCUUCCCGGAGGCAUCCACCAGGAGAAAGGCCUGCUUCCGGGGCUCUGCAGGACACUGAUGCCAAUGUGUUGGGGGAUGGGGUGGCCAGCGCGCUGCCUGCACUGGAGCUGGGCCUGAUCCUGGGCUGCAGUCAGGCUUCAGCGCGGGUGUCCUGUGGAACGGGCGGCGUUCACCUCUUGCACACACCCUUCGUGGCUCUGUACUACAGGUGAAGUCAAACUGGGACCAGACGUUUCCAUCGGGGGAAUCUGUUUUCCAACCGAAAAGCCUCGGAGCUUACAGCUGAAUGAUGCACUUCAACUUCAAAUCUAUUAAUUUAUAAAUGUAAUUUUUUUGUAAAAUAUAUAUGUUAAUAGUCAAUAUGAUAUACUGUAUCUUUAUGGAGUUCUUUGGUUAUUAAAGCUUGAUCUAACGAUGCCUUGU